AUGGAUUCCUUUUUCGGCUUCGAUACCAGUCUGCCGGAAGACAUCUCGGACGAGGAGGAGUAUGACGCCCUGAAUGACGAAACGUUCGGUGCGGCGGACAAGGGCGACUGGAAGGACAUCCACGAGCAUCUCGUGCGGCUGGAAAGUUGCAGGAAUGGGGGGCGAACCGGUUCCUUCCUUGGGGAGGAUGAGGACGACGGGGGCAGCAGCGACAACAACAACAGCGAGAGCGGCCGUAGCAGUGUGGUGGCCCAAAGCAUUGGCGAUGAGUUCGCGAACAAGCUAUGGCUGGAUCCGAGCAUCUGGGGUAGCCCGGCGAAGGUUCCGGCUCCGGUGCAGCCACCGUACAGCGAUUAUAGGCCCAGCGGUACGCCAUUUUCUGCCCUGCCACCACAGCAGAGCGCCUUUCGACCACCGGAACCGGCGCAUCCGAUCGGGGGAGGUGGCCUGCCGCCAAAACCGCCUCCCUCACUGCCACCGGGCUUGUUUCCACCCAUGAAGAUGCUGUCAGUGGAGGACAUUGAACGAACCAUCAUCCAGCAUCAGCAUCAGCAAAAUCAGCAUCAAAGUAUGCUGCAAAAGCAAAUGUCACAGCAGCAGCAGCAGCAACAACAACAACACCAACUCCAUUACCAUCACAACCAAUUUCACCAGCAGCAGCAGCAGCAGACACUGCAACCAUUCCGCACACCGGCACCGGUCCCGGCCCAACCACCACCACCAGUGAAAGCUCGCGAUCAUUUCACACCCGCCAAGGAGGUAAAGAGUAUGCAGCCGCCGAUCCCGAUGAUCUCCUCGCCAGUAGCAGCACCACCGUUACGGGUACCACCGGCGCUGCUCACCCCUCCGCUUUCGCUGCUGGGCGCCCGAAACGCCGGCCCCGCUGCCCUGUUCCCGCCCGGACCGUCGCAGCCACCACCGCCGGCACCUCCGCCUCCCAUGCUGAACAACGCGAACCGUAUUCCGCUUGGUUUGCUGCCGUACAAAAUGCUAGCCGCCCGACCGUACUCGACCCCGAUCAACACCUGGCGAUGCAUCCGGCAUUCCCGCAGCGCUGCUCGUACGGUCCCCGCUGCAAGGGUUUCUGGUGGCCCCGCCCGGUACAGAUGGGUCCGCCACCGCCGCUACCUCGCCAUCGGGACCAGCGCCGGGUCGCCGCCAUUUUUGAUGCAGCGCAGCCCGACGCCCCUGCCGACGAACCAGUUCAACCAGCGGCUGGUGCAGGAAAUUCAACAAAACCAUCCGCUGCUCGCGUUCAACCGACAGCUCGCUGCGGCCAGCACGCUCAGCGUUUGCGGCAAUGGCGUGAAACAGCCCGCUAGUAGCCCUGCCAAGGGCGGGUUUAUGAAGCAGCAGCACCAUUUCCAGCAGCAGCAGCAGCAACGAUCCCGAGUAGGCAAUGGAAUGCCAUCGAGCACUGCAGGCGGCGGGCAGCCAGAGGAGCGCGAUGAGUACGCAAACAUGAGCAAUCGCAACAAGCAGUGGCUAAUCGGGAUACAGCUGACGCAGCUCAACUCGGACGCACCCUACUUUAACGAUUACUAUUUCACCGUGUACAAGCAGCGGCUGGCAGCGGCGAAGGCCGGAGGAGCAUGCCCAGCUGCUGUUACUGCGCUGCUGUCGAAGAACGGCAAGAGCGGGCUGCUCGGCACGAACCGCGAACGUCGCAGUUCCGAAUCCCGCUCCAACCCGAACGGCGGUAGCGAGGGAAAGGAUGGCUCAGCGCCGACGGGUGGUGGUCGAGCGUAUACCCCGCUCCAAUUUCAAAAUUCGCUCGGCAAGCUGCAGUGCGGUAGUGUGAUAGCGCCGCGAAAGCUCAUCGACGCCGACGUGAUGGGCAGCGACCAGCUGAACGGAAAUGGCGUGCCGGCACUUGAACCGCCGCCCGCCGCUAUCCAGCGCAAAGCUCGCCAUGUGCUGCUGCUUAUCGAGACGCUGUACAAGUUGGUGCUCAAGCUGGAAGAUCUCGGCAAUCCCGUUGCGAUCGAUGCGAUGAAAGCGCUGCGCGAAAAGAAAAUGCGCGAGCGAACCAGCAGCACCGGCAGCGGCAGCGGUGUGGCGUGUUUGUCAGAAGCGGGCGCCAAGAUUGGCAACGCAUUGAUAAUUAAUCCGAAUUGAUACAACUUGAAACAAACCACGCCCCACGAACCACGAUGGCCUCUUCCUCGUCCAGCAGCAGCAGCAGCAGCAGAAUGUCGGUGAUGGACCGCGACCUCUGUCUGCUGCUGGUGGAGAUGUCGUCCGAGAAGGUAACCGUGCGGCAGAAGGCGUUCAACAAGAUGAGCACCAUCCUGAACAACCGGGAGGACGAUUUUCUCGACUACAUGGCAUCGGAUGCGUUCGAGACGCAGUGGUGCGCGGUGCUGGAUGCGGCUUACCACGGCAUACAGAAGCAGAGCUACGCCAUUACGACCCAGGUG